CUUCGCUGCGCCGACCACCAUCAGCAAUCAGCUGCAUACCUUGAAGACCGAGAUCCAGUAGUUGCAGUCGACGAACGCGGAUGACAAUCCGAAGAUGUACAAGAUGCCAACUUUCCAACUGGACAAGUUCAACGACUACACACAGCAGGAUCCAGUCCUCUGGUGGGAGGCAUUCACGACGCAACUCGGGAUUCUGUCUGUCGCCAAGCAUGCGUACAUCGGCGCCCUGUUCCUGAACUCAAAGGGCGGAUGCCAGACCUGGUUGAGCCACCUGGCAACCUCCCACGGCGUCGACGUGCCGGACUUGAAGGACAAAAUCACAUGGGAGGAACUGACACGGCUGUGGAAGAAGCGGUUCAUCGUCGACGACGCGCCGGCACUCGCCAUCAACCGUCUAUUCACCAUGUCACAGGGCAACACUGCAACACGGGAUUGGCUCAUGGAGUGGCAGAAGAUUGCGGCGGUGCCCAAUCUGGAAUUGGCAUUCACGCAUCUACACCGUGAGUUCUACAACAGGUCCUGUGCGGCAUUGAGCCAAGCUCUUGGUGAUCGCGAGCAGUACUCAACCUUCAUUGAGAUCAUUGACAAGGCGAGGGAAAUCAUCAAGACCAACAGGUCAGCUGCACACGAGAAGUCAACAUGGCAGCCAACCUAUGUGGAGAAGGUACGACCUGGUCCGCAACAGCAGCACUUCGCUGCAGUCCAGUUGGACAUUGGAGAUAACCCAGCAGCCACUCCAGCAUCAAGUGACGGAGAUCAGAUCGGAGAGGCGACCUGCAACGCCUUGAUCGAUUGCGGAGCAUCUCGCAACUACAUCAGCCAGGACUUCAUGGUACGCGCCGGCCUUGGCCCACGUGUCCGGAGGAAGUCCCAGCCUACGCAAGUCACUUUGGCAGACGGUCAUACGCACAAGUCCAUCGACCGGUGCAUUGACAACGUCCCAGUGUACUUUGCCCCUCACGCAAGUGAGGCGGUGUCCUUUGACAUUCUGGACACCAAAUUUAACAUGAUCUUGGGCAUGUCAUGGCUGCGAAGCGAGGAUCACCCGGUGAACUUCUUCCAACGCGCCGUUCACAUUCAUGAUCGGAAUGGAGUACUAGUUCCAUGCACGACAAUCAGGAACGUCUGCCCUCUCCCACGCAUCGACGACCUUCUCGAGCGACUGGGGGGCGCCAAGUUUUUCUCCAAGCUGGACCUCAAGUCGGGAUAUCACCAACUCGAGAUUCGCAAGGAGGACCGUUACAAGACUGCGUUUAAGACGCGAUAUGGGCAUUUCGAAUGGCUGGUUAUGCCAUUUGGCCUUAUGAAUGCCCCGGCCACUUUCCAAGCGGCUAUGACAACGGAGUUCCGACAUAUGCUGGAUCGUUUCGUACUUAUCUACCUCGACGACGUUCUGGUCUACAGCCGGAGUUUGGAGGAGCAUGUGGAACACCUGUGCACCGUUUUGGAGCCGCUACGACAAGCCAAGUACAAGGCCAACCGCGACAAGUGCGAAUUCGCACGACAAGAGCUGGAGUACUUGGGACAUUAUGUGACGCCGCAAGGCAUCCGUCCGCUUGCGGACAAGAUCGAGGCCCUACGAUCGCCAAGGGUGCCAUUCGUAUUCGAUGACGACGCACGCCGGUCAUUCCAAGCACUUAAGACGGCCGUGCUCAUGGCACCCGUCCUUAGCAUCUAUGACCCCACCCUACCGACGCGAGUGACUACGGAUGCUUCCGGCUAUGGCAUUGGGGCAGUCUUGGAACAGCACAACGGCGACGAAUGGCACCCUGUGGAGUAUUUCAGCCACAAAGUGCCUCCCAUCAACUCGCUUGAUGAUGCAAGGAAGAAGGAGCUGCUCGCAUUCGCCAUGGCUCUCAAGCGAUGGCGGCACUUCCUCCUUGGGCGUUGUAGGUUCACAUGGGUUACGAACAACAAUCCAUUGACCUACUAUAAGACGCAGGAUACGGUGAGCAGCACGAUCGGACGAUGGAUGUACUUCAUCGACCAGUUUGACUUCACACCGAAACAUCUUCCCGGCCUCUCAAAUCGCGCAGCAGAUGCACUCUCGUGAAGACCUGAUCUUUGCGCUAUGACACAU